AGUUUUAUGUGUCUGUUUUUUCACUUCACAGCAAAGCCUGUUAAGACAGCAGGAGCGUGUGGAGGAACGAGUGCAGGAGAUCGAAGAGCAGCUUUGUAAACUCGACUCAGACAAGUGUGUGGUGGAGGACAGGGUGUGUGAGCUGAAAGAGGAGGUGCGCCUGCAGUACCAGCGGAUGCACCAGCUCCUGGAGGAGGAUCUCGGUCGGACACUGGAGGCUCUGGACCGGGCUCAGGCUCGGUUCUGUCAGGAGAACUCUGCCCAGGUUCUGGCUCUGGGGGAACAGCGCCACGAGGCUCAGAAGCUGCUGAGCUCCAUCCACACGGCCUUCGGCAAAGCUGAGGAGCUGAGCUUCAUGAAAAACACCAAACCGGUUAAAAUCCUCACAGACAGGUCUCAGGCAUGUAUGGGCAGCAGUCUCCCUCCUUACAAAGUUGGGAAUCUAAACUCCAAACUAUUCCUUUCUGAAAUCUCGAAAAGAGAGAAGAGCUUGAAGAGAACAAUGGAAGCUCCCCUCACCCCUCCCUCGACCUUCCUGCAGUCCGUUCCUGCCUAUCCCAGCGGUCAGAGCUCUGGCUCUGGAGCGGAGAAACGGAAACAUUCCACUGCCUUUCCAGAGGGGAACGGGAGCGUAGGAAAAACCGCUGCUCCAGGUUUCAAGGACUCCUCCUCUUCCUCAUCUUCUUCCUCAUCGCUUGCCAAGCAGCCCUACCUGGGCUCCAGCUCUGCUUCUGGAGAGGGCCAGUCCACCAAUCAGCAGCCCCUCGGCCCCUGCGGCCCGCCUCACAUCAGUGAGAGCAGCGGGACAGGGAGCGGAAGUGGCUCGCUGGCUAACCAUCACUCGGGCUCAGUGUUUGGCUCCUCGCACUUUGCUCCCGGAGGCAGCAGCUCCUCCCACUCCUCUCAGCAGGCCGUGUUGCCGCAGUACGGAGGCCGCAAGAUCCUGGUGUGUACGAUGGAUAACUGCUACUGCUCCGGAGUGCCCUCGGUGUCUGGUCACCGUAGCCAUCCCCCAUACCCGCGCUCGGGCUCCUUCCCCUGGGUCAGCGCCCAAGACUACCCCCCUCCACCUGGCCUGGCGUCUGGAGGUCCGUCCAUGCAGGGAUUGGCAGUGAGGGACUGGAUUGACGCCUCACAGACACACAGACAUGCAGAUUUCUACGGGCUGUAUGGGCAGCCCUCUACAAAGCACUACGUCACCAGCUAACAAGAGGAUGGAUUGUACGGCUUGAACACAAAACGCUCUUCCAUGGAACACCCACAAUGCACUUGUGGACGCCUUGUUAUGCCUGGACUACAGACGCUGACCCACAGAGGGACAGUAGAGCUGCAUCUGAAGGGCUGGGUGUCCCCUCCGAGUUUCAGCCCUUAGCUCCCCCUUUCCUGCUGCCAGGCUCCCCACAGGACAGAAAAUCUUCUGACAAAGACUGUUUCCGUCUAGUAAUUACUAUGACUUUGUCUUAUUUGGUACAACCGUAGGCGUCACACUUGUCCAGAGAGACUCUGAUUUUAGAGCAAAGAGGCAAGAAUGGACAGACCAAACCAAUCAAGCAUCUGGAGGAUCUGAUGAUGCUGUAAUUGUACUUCCUGCAGGGCAAAGAUGUCACUUCCUCUCAAUAAGCACACAAGCUCUUGGCUUCCUGUUUGCAGCUGAAAGCAUGCAAGGAAAAGUUUUUUUUAAAGCACUCAAAAAGAAGAACAAUGGUUGGAGGAGAAAAAAAAAACUGUGUGUGAAAGAGAAAAAAAAAUGGUGGGAGGAAUUUUUUUCAUGGAACUUUUUCUAAAAGAACAAGACUGGACUGCGAGAUGUAAGCAAUGGUUCAUCCGACAAAUGAGCUGUUACAACAGUCGACAUUAAAAAACAACAACAUAAAAGUAUCUUUUUUUGUAAAUAUUUUGUGAAAUGGAAAAAUUACAGACGUGAUUUGGAGAAGGGUUCCAAAUAAACAAAUUUAAACU